CGAGGACUAGAUGGGUCUCUGGGCACGGUGCGGUGCCCACGUACGGCUAGAGGCCAGGGCUGCCAAUGGACAGGAGGCUGACGCUGAAAACUGAGGGAGGGAGAGGAGGGGCUGGGGGCCCUGGAAGGCACUCAGUUUCCAACUCUGCUGCUCGCCAGGUUCUUCCUUAACCCUCCGCGCCCCAGUUCUGCGGCUGCUGCAGUCUGGGAAAGAGGCAUCAAGAGAAUUUCUUGCUCCGGCACCACUUGAAAGGGGCAGCCGGGAGCCAGAGACACACAAGAAGCAGGAGAACUGCGGAGGGAGGAGAAGUUUGAGCGCGGGGCAGGUGCUAGUCCGCCGGGGUUCGGCGGCCGGGGGGCCGGCCGGGGUGGGCUUUCUCGGCGGGUUCUGAAGUUGGUGCGCUUCUUCCCUCCCCCCGAGUUGCCACCCGGCCCCUGGCUGGGAGCGGAGAAGCAUGUGAUGGCGUCUUCCAUAUAGGGGCAGGCACGGCACCAGACCGCCCUGCAGAGGCCCUAAGGCCACACUCCCAGACAAUAUAUACCUAGUGCUCCAGCCCAACCGCUCCUCACUCGCUCGCUGGCGAGAAGCACAGGAGCCUGGCAGAGCGCACGCAGCCGGAGCCGGAGCCGAACCCGAGCCCGAGCCUGAGCCGCCCGCCCAGCCGACUGCCCAGGGGAAGGAGGGAGGGGCUCUGAGCCGGGAGGGCAGGCCCAGGGGGAACUCAGGUGGCCCAUGAUCUCCAGGGAGACCUCUUAGUAGAAAGCUUUGCUGCCUGCUGCCAUGUCCAAGGAGGUGGGGAGCUGCCGUCUGGGCGCCGCAUACAAGCCCAAGGAGCGCAAGCCCAAAAAGCCCCACUACAUCCCGAGGCCCUGGGGCAAGCCGUACAACUACAAGUGUUUCCAGUGUCCCUUCACCUGCAUGGAGAAGUCGCACCUGUACAACCACAUGAAGUACAGCCUCUGCAAGAACUCCUUGUCCCUGCUCAUCGACUCCUCGGACUGGGCCUACAAGAAGGGCCACCUCCUGCAGCCUGAACUGCGGCUCUUCCCAGCCUCUGAGGGAGCCCGGGGCCUGCCCAAGGGGGACCCUUCUGAGCCAGCCCCGCCUAAGCGGCCAAAGGCAGGACCUAGGCUAGGGGACAGCUCCCCGGCAGAGCCACCCAGUGAGGACGGGGGAGCUUUCCCGGAGGAGGAGGAAGAGGAGGAAGUAGCAGGUGGACUUUUGAGGGCUAUGGACCCCAGUGAAGGUAGGAAGUCUGGGGCCCCAGCUGAGGCUGAUAUGGGAGCCCUGCUCUUUGGGUUCAAAGACAAAGGCAGGGAGCCAGAGCCCGACUUUAUCAUCACUGACGUCUUCUCCCUCCGGAAUGCCGGGAACAGGGGCCGGGAGCCACCCUCGCCAGAGGCUGAUCCCAAGCCAAAGGGAGGAAGGGCACCUAAGAAAUCCCUGAGCUCUGGUGGGCUUCUUAUGGAACAAUGGAGGCUGGUGGCUGGAGGCCAGAAGAGCAGAGCCAGUGUAGAUCUGUCCCCAAUGAGCACUGAGGGCAGUGGCAUUAUCCCUUGCUACCCACCUCCAGCUUAUAGUGAUUAUCAGGAAGCCCAGGGCCUCAACCUGUCCCUUUUGGGCAUCAAUUACCCCCUGAGCCCUGGGCUCUUCUCUUACCUGGGGCCCACCCUGGCCACGGGAGCUGCUGCCACUCAUGCCCCCAUAACCCAGAUGCCCUUUUUGGCAUCCGCUGCUCAACUCUUGCCCCCACCAGCUACGGCCACUGCAACGGCCACCCCUUUCCAGGCUCUCCAAGGUCCUGACCGUUCAGCUUUCCUCCCACGAUUCUACUACCCACUGCUAUUUGAGCAUGCCCUUGGAACACCCAGUGGGAAAGCUGCAGAGACCCAAGCUGCCCCAGCAAACCUUGCCCUCCCAACAAAGACACCAGGGGAGAUGCCCCCUGCUCUAGGGCUCCUCAAGGUGCCCAUGUCCAAAGCAGUUGCAUCCUGGCCCCGGAGCUCUCGUCGGGACCCAGUCCAGGAGGUGGAGCUCAAAGCGGGCCCUCCAGGGACUAAGGAGGAAGAGGAAGAGGAAGAGGAAGAAGACGGGUGUAGGGGUUUCCAGAAGGAAGGCACCGGACCAGAGAUCUACCGAAGCCUGCUUGGGCCUGGCUCCAGGAAGGCCCACGGGACCCUGGCUAGCCCCUCGGCCACCAUGAGCACUCCGAAGAGGAAGUCCUUUUUUGGGAGUGGACUUGACUUCUUGAAGGAUCCUUCAGGUGUGGACAGCCUUCCAUUGGGGAAGUUUGACUACCAGAGGAGUGUGCCGCCUGCUACGCCCCUGCUCUCCUGGCCCAAGGACUCUGAUACCGUUAGUUCUGAGGCUGCUUCCCCUGGGCUUCCAGCACUGGAUGGACCCCCCGGUAAACAAGCCCAGGGGUACAAGCCAGUGAGCCCAGGCCCCAUCGGAGAGGACCUGUCCAAGGCCCUGGGAGACUACGAGAAAGUGGAGAGACGGCUGGGGCAGCUAGCUCCAGCAGGUGGUCCCCCUCAGGGGCCCCUUCGGGAACAGCUGGGAAAGAUCCGUCGGGAGCUUUACCACAUUCACCAGGCCCUGGAGAAGGCAACCAGGCCUCCGGAGGGGCCCCUUGACCUGUCUGUGAAGCGGGUGCCAGACAAAGGGCCAUCGCCUGCUGGGCUGGAGCUGGAGGAAGGUGGCUGGGAGGAGCCUGGGUUGGAGGCCACCAAGACACCCUUGGAUCUGCUGCUACUGCAGCUAGGCCAGCCAGAGGGGAGACAAGGCUCCUCAGAGUCCCCUGGUGUGCCCAUUACAGUUCUACCCCCUGCACUGGCAACAGAGUCUUUCUAUGGCCAUACCACUAAAUGUGAGGCAGAUUCCAGUGUCUUACUGGGUGCUGAUGGGAGAGCUCCUGGAGGGACUGGGGCCACCCCAGGGGGCCCCCAGCUUCUGGGUCCUGAGGAAGGGCCUCUAGGUGGUUGGGGUGGGGGACCCCGAAGUGGAAUGGGGGUCCUUCCUGGGGACCCAGAAGCGACAUGUCUCCAUAGCCCUGAGAACACUGAAGUCUGACCUGGUCUCCCCCUUCCUCAUCUUCCAAACUACCCUGGACUUAUAUAUCUUGUCCAACUUCCCUGUCUCAGUCCCAGAAAAUGGAUCUCAAAUCAGGGAGAUUUCCCAGUGGAUACCAAAGCCCUCGAUAUUUUCCCUCCUGGGGCUAUUAAUCAGGGAAGGGAUGAAAACAGAACCCCUGGGGAGGAGACAACGAUGUCCCUCAGGAACCAAAGACUCAGUAUUUUGCUGGACUGGGGUGCAUCUCCCCCCUUUACCAUCUGAGUCCCCAGGAGAAAGGGCUCUGGCAGAAGUCAUUCCUUCCUUCCAGAAAGGUCAAGAUCCCCUUGGGCAUUACCCUCUGGAGAAUCCUAUUUUAGGUGGACCACCCCGAUUAUAACCACUUCAUUACUCUAAUUUUCAGCCCUGUAACUCUUGCUGGAGCCCCCAGCCCCAAAUGAUGAGAGCCCUGGACACCAUCCAAACUAUACCCUUGUCCCCAAACCGCCAGACCAUCCAGCGCUGGUCUUUCUUCUCUAUAUUGGUUCCCAAACUCAGCUUUCUUCACAUAUUGAUGUAAUACCACCUGUGAUCACUAGGUUUCCUCACCUUGUGCACUUUCCCCUUCUCUCUAAGUCCUUAAACCUCUUCUUCCCAACUCUCUUCCAAUCUCUCCUGGCCUGCUUGCUCCUACCCUUCUCCAUCCCCUCUUUCUACUUGCCCUAAUAUAAGCCCCCCGGGUGCUCUCUCUGUCUCUGUCUCUCUGUCUGUCUGUCUGUUUCUGUCUCUCUGUCUCUGUCUGUCUGUCUCUGUCUGUCUGUCUGUCUCUCUCUCUCUGUCUCUCUCUGUCUCUGUCUCUGUCUCUCUGUCUCUGUCUCUGUCUGUCUGUCUGUCUCUCUCUCUCUGUCUCUCUCUGUCUCUGUCUCUGUCUCUCUGUCUCUGUCUCUGUCUCUCUGCCUGUUUCUGUCUCUCUGUCUCUGUCUCUGUCUGUCUGUCUCUCUCUCUCUCUGUCUCUCUCUGUCUCUGUCUCUGUCUCUCUGCCUGUUUCUGUCUCUCUGUCUCUGUCUGUCUGUCUGUCUCUCUCUCUGUGUCUCUGUCUGUCUCUGUCUCUGUCUCUCUGUCUCUCCUUCCUGCCCAGGCUCUGGAGAAGUAAAUUUCCCUCCCCUUAAGACGGGUGUGUGGGGCCUCAUUGUAUGGAAAAUCUGGUGCUACUGUAGAUUUAGGUGAGUUUGGGAAAUAUCUCCCCAUAUAAGUGAGCCCAGGGAGAAAGGGCGGAACCUACUAAAUACAAUCUCAGCUGAAGAUUUUCUUUUACUUUCUUUUCUACUCUUCUCUGCAUUAUUCCACCUUUCUACCCAGCUCCAAAGCAGCUCCAUCACCCAUUCUCUUUUUUGGCCACUCUCAUCUGUCCUGGCCAGGCCUGGAACCCACCCCUAGAGUCAGAAUUCGGACUUGGAAGAGACCUUUUCUAUCCACUGGGUGAACCCUAAAGAUGAAGACUGACUUCUUUCCAAGGAAAGUGCUUGGAAAGUAGAUAGAGAUCUGGCCUUGGAUCCAUGGUUCAAAUCCGGCCUCUGACAUAUAAUGGCCACCUGACCUUGCACAAGUCAUUUAAUAUCUCAAUGCCUUAGGCAGCUUUCUAGAACUAUAAAUUGCAGAGAAGAUGUGGGCCUACACUAGUAAAGGAAAUCUCCUUGCCUGCGAUUCCUUAUGCCCAUGAAGUCACAGGUCCGGUCCUUAUCCUUAUCCUUUCUUAGGGUUAGACUUUAAGGAAAGAAGAAAUUUAUAGAGAAUGUGGGAUUGUGAAGUUACAGAGCCCAGAGAGCUUCUGAUCUAAUCUAACCCCAGAGGCAGGAAUUUGUUCCCUUCCAAUUGCUCUGGUCCCAUUUCUCAAGAACAUUCUCUCCUUGGUGACUAUACCAACUAUUUGCUAACUGUGUGAGCAGGGAACAAGUCAAUUCACUUUCUUGACUCGUACCCUUCUUGUCCAUAGAAUGAAGAGGCUGGAUUAGAUGUCCCCGAAGGUCCCUUACGAUGCAAACCCCCAGGAUCUUGCCUUGUCCUCCCCCGACGUCUGGAACCUCACUUCCAGUUUCUUAUUAGUCCACCUUCCAAAAGCAUUAUCCAGAACAUCCCUAGCUCACCACCCCCACUGGGAAAUGCUUACUGAGUUCUUCAUGAAGAAAUUUCAUAUCCAGUUCCAUAUGAUCAGAUCUGCACAUAAGCCAUGACAAAUAUGAGUGAAGUUCCCACCCACCCACCCCCAUCUGGACAAGUAAAGAGGCUGUCCCAGUUUGGCCCACACCAAAGGGCCCUGAGAGAGGACGGCGAGGUUCUGGUGGUAGCCUUUUUUCAGAUCUUGCCUCAGUUGGGCUCUGCCUGGGGUUGCCUGAGAAAGUUACAGAAGCCGACCCUCAGCCCAGGUCCUUCCUACACACCCCUGGAUCUCAGCCCCUACCUGUCCUGGGGACAGGCUCAUGGGCAAGUGAACUUAGGUGGUCAUUGGCACUGGCAAAAGGGAGAGGAUAUUUGCCCUGAGAAACCCCCACCCUCCCUCUAGGACCUUUCACCAUAUCAUAGGCCACCAAGAUGGGACUUUUAUCCCCCUAACUGGUGUGAUGGCUCUCCUCCCUCUGUCUCCCUCAGAAAGGGGACAACUUCUUGGAAAUCCUAUAUUGUGCAUGGAUGGAAGGACAAUCACUUCCUGAGUUCUUAGUGAUUAUUCAUUUCUGGGGAAAUGGGAAGAGGGCAGAGGGAGCAAUGGGGGUGGCAAGGGUUGGGGGCUGCACAGUCACUUUUAUUUAUUGUUCACGGUUUUGCAAAUGUCAAAAUAUAAACCACCUUCCUGCCCAA